GCGACUCCGCGAUUCCGCGACCCUCGCGUCUUCGCUACCACACUGCAAUCCUACAAGUCUGCAUACUUGCACUAGGACUGAAGCUCGUCUCCAAUCCUACGACAAGGACCAUAUGUGUUCUGCAAUCCUAAGAGGAUGAGUAACCUGAACAAAUUGGACUUUGCUCCAUUGGGAACAACUGGCUCUGGAUAUCACAGGUGGGUUCGUGAUGUCCGCCAGCAUCUCAAGGCCAAUGGAAUCCUGGAUACGAUUCUCAAGCCUAGCCAGGACGUGCUAACUGUUGAGCAAGCUCAAGCUUUGGAAGCAAAUAGAGCAGCAUUCGAGGCAAAUAAGGCGAAAGCCAUCAUCCUAAUGACUCGUCAUAUGGAUGAUUCGCUCCAGUACGAGUGUAUGAAUGAAGAAGACCCCAGAAAGCUGUGGGCCUCACUCGAAGAAAGAUUUGGCAACGUCCGUGACUCCCUGCUGAGUGACCUAGAAGUGAGAUGGCAUAGCCUCCGCUUCUGUGAUUUCAAGUCAGUUCUUGACUACAACUCGGAAGCACUUCGCAUUAAAUCCUUAAUGGAAUUCUGUGGUAAAGAGAUCACAAAUGCGAUGUUGAUUGAGAAGACUCUCUCUACUUUCCCCGUCUCUGCAUUGAUGGUUGCUAAGAACUAUCGAAUCGAUGUUAAUGCAAGACGAAUCACAAGGUUUCAUGAGCUCAUUGGAGCUAUGAAUGUCGCUGAAAAGCAUGACAACAUCCUUGUGAAGAACUAUAAUUCGAGAUCCGUGGGAACAAAGCAUAUUCCGGAAUCUAAUUAUAGUCGCGCCCCAAAGAGAAGGCGCCAAGAGCGAAACCCUAAUCUUAGGGAUACUUUUGGACGUUCUGGUCCAUAUAAUCGCUCUACUUGGUAAGGUAACUGCCAAAAUAGGCGAACACGGAACCGAAGAGGUAAACGUGGAAAGAGAGAGGGAGGCAACGCCUCUGGCCAUGUUGGUGGCGCCACCAACACUAAGAGCCAUCUAAAUGACGCUUUCAAAGCGCCUCAAUCAAUGGAGUUUGAGCAAAGAGAUGUAUGUUCCCGAUGUGGAGUGUCUGAUCAUUGGGCACACAUUUGUAGAGCUCGUGAAGAAAUUGUCACCGCCUACAAAGCAUAUUGUGAAGCAAGAGAAGCUCACUAUGUGGAACAAGAAGAUCAAGAAGAUGAUCUAGAGUAAAGGGUUGAAGACUACAAAUUUGGCUGGGAUCAAUAGAUCGCCAAUUCUGUUUAAGCCUUUAUUUUCCAAGAGAUGUAGGCAAUUGCCAUAUCAUUUUUGUAGUAGAUGCCAAUGUUUUUGUCUUUCUUCAAAGUAGGCGUACUCAACGUAAAUGUGAUGUCUAGGAAGGUUUUGAGAUUAGUGGUACUUAAGCGAGCCUUGCUCCACCGACAUCUCUCUACUCACCUGGUCACAUUUAUUUUGGAAUUACCGAAAGAAGUUAGACGACUACCAUUGUUUUGCAUUAGCUAGCAUUUGGAUUAGAUUCUCCUAAUGAUUAAGGGACAAUGAUGUACUCCGUUGGCUUAUGAAUAAAAUUUUGAGUUCUUUUCAUUAUGACUCCAUUUUGAUUCAUGAGCAUGUUACCUUGUGACUACGAUGGCUGGGCCAUCAGUAUUAAUUCAAGGACAUGGAAUAGCCCAAGUCUCUUUGCCAAAUGGCACCUUGAUUAAUGUCACAGAAACUCUCUACGCUCCUAGGGCAACUCGCACCUAAGGAUAGCCAACGGAUUCCAUAGAGAACUGAAAUGAGUUCCUUUGCAAUACC